AUGAUGAUGGCACCAAGUAUCAACCCUCUCUACAUUGAUGGAGAGAGAACUACAGGAAAUGAGGUUAGAGUAGAGAAUGUGCAAGCAUGUCAAACCAUUCAAAAUAUCAUGAAGACAUCCUUCGGUCCUCAAGGUCUUGACAAGAUGCUUGUCGAUGAAGUAGGUGAUGUUACCGUAACAAACGACGGAGCUACCAUCCUCAAUCUCAUCGAAGUCAACCAUCCAGCAGCAAAGACUCUUGUGGAGCUUGCACGUACACAAGACGAAGCUGUUGGUGAUGGUACCACAUCUGUAGUAUUGUUAGCAGCUGAGUUGCUGAAACAAGGUCAAGAAUUAAUCAAGGAAAAGAUUCAUCCAACCAAUAUCAUUUCCGGAUACAAAUUAGCUGCUAAAAAGGCUACUGACUAUAUCAAGAACGAAUUACAAAUUUCCACACAAACACUCGAUCGUGAAUCAUUGAUUAAUGUUGCCAAGACAUCUAUGGCUUCAAAGGUUUUGGGUCCAGAAUCCGACUUGUUUGCCAAAUUAUGCGUUGAUGCAUUGUUGGCAGUAAAAGUGAUUACAGGCACAGGAAAGGAGAGAUAUCCAAUCAAGGCUAUUAACAUUCUUAAACAACACGGAAAGUCAAUGAAGGAAAGUACUUUGGUCAAUGGUUUUGCCUUGAACAAUACUCGUUCUUCACAACAAAUGCCAAAAGUCAUCAAGGGUGCCAAAAUUGCUCUUUUAGAUAUUGCUCUCAACAGACAAAGAAUGAAGUUGGGAAUUAAAUUCCAAAUCACAGAUCCAAAGGAAUUGGAAGGCGUUCAAGAACGUGAACAAACCUUAAUUCGUGAUCGUAUUCAAAUGCUUUUGAACGCAGGCGCAAAUGUUAUUUUAACAACAAAGGGUAUUGAUGAUAUGUGUUUGAAAUACUUUGUUGAAGCAAACGCCAUUGCUGUCAGAAGAUGUGAUAAGGAUGAUUUGAAACGUAUUGCUAAAUUGACUGGAGGUACUUUGGUUACCUCUUUUGCUGAUUUGGAGGGAGAAGAGUCAUUCUCUCCUGACAAUUUGGGACAUGCGGACGAAGUUGCUGAAGAAGAGCUUGCUGGUGAUUCUUUAAUUUAUAUCCGUGGAACAAAGCUUACUUCAUCUCAAUCCAUCGUUUUACGUGGUGCCAACAGCUUCUUGUUGGACGAAAUGAGCCGUACCAUUCAUGACGCCAUGUGUGCAUUGAAACGAGUUUUGGAAUCAAAGAAUGUUGUUCCAGGAGGUGGAUGUGUUGAAACUGCUCUCUCUGUAUAUUUGGAUCGAUUUGCAAUGACCAUUGAAACCAGAGAACAAUUGGCUAUUGCUGCCUUUGCCAAUGCUCUUUUGGUGAUCCCUAAAACUCUUUCUGUUAAUGCUGCUCUUGAUGCAACAGAAUUGGUCGCUAAAUUGCGAGCCUAUCACAAUGAUGUUCAUGAAUUGAAGAAGAAGGAAUAUUUAAGAUAUGGUUUGGAUCUCAUGGCAGAUAACGUUAGAGAUAAUUUGGAAGCAGGUGUUUUGGAACCAGCCAUGUUAAAGGUGAAAUAUAUUCAAUUUGCCACUGAAGCUGCUAUUACCAUUCUUCGUAUUGAUGACAUGAUUCGUAUCAAUGAGCAUGAACAAGAGGAUCCAAGAAAGAAGAGAAGGUAA